CCCCCCAUCAAUGGCCUCUAUUACAAUCACAAAAUGGAUAAUCCUAUCCAUCAACAUCUUGAUCAUACAAACCCUAACCCUAACUCAUGCCCAACAAGUUCCUUGCUUCUUCAUUUUUGGAGACUCCCAAAUGGACAAUGGAAACAACAAUCUCCUUCCUACAUCUGCCAAAGCUAAUUAUCGCCCUUAUGGGAUUGACUUCCCCGGCGCCGUCCCCACCGGCCGGUUCACCAACGGCAAAAAUAUCGCCGACUUCCUAGCUGAGUUGUUAGAUUUUUCCGAUCCGAUCCCGCCGUUUGCGUCUACGAGAGGCUCUGACAUUCUCAGAGGACUCAACUACGGAUCCGGAGCUGCCGGGAUUCUUGACAUCUCCGGGAUACGACAGGGCCCUCGGUUCAGCAUGAACGACCAGUUAGCAAAUCAUAGGGCGACAACCGGUCAAAUCGCCGCCUUAUUCCGGAAUCGGACGGCCGCGGACAACUACCUGCGACAGUGUCUCUACGUCGUCAACAUAGGCAGCAACGACUAUAUUAACAACUACUAUUAUCAGAGGCCGCGGUCCUUGUCUAAUCUUCUCUAUACACCCGACCAAUUUGCCGACCAAUUGAUCGCAGAAUUCUCUCGACAACUAAGGAGAUUGUACGACCUCGGAUCAAGAAAAGUUGCGGUGUACGGGAUCGGUCUGAUCGGGUGCAUUCCUCAAGAGAUAUUAUUAUAUCCGAUCACCAACGGGUCUCCCUGCGUCGACAAAAUCAACGUAGCUGUCGGACUAUUCAACGACAGGCUCAUGUCGCUCGUCAACAACCUAAACAACAAUUUACCAAAUGCUCAAUUCACUUACAUAAACGCCACCAGCAUUGCACUAGGAGACCCUUCCCUCAUUGGUGUGAAGGUGUUGAACGCUGCGUGCUGUGAGGUGCAGAGGAGUGGGCCCGCGGCGGGGCAGUGCUUGCGUGAUGGAGCGGUGUGCGGCAACAGACAAGAGUAUAUAUUCUUCGAUAAUUUUCAUCCCACGGAGAUCUCGAACAAUGUGACGGCGAUGAGAUCUUACAGAGCUUUGGUGCCAGCCGACGCGUCCCCGGUUGACAUUGAACGUCUUGUUCGGCAGUGACUGAAACAUUUACUUUUCAAACGGGAUUUUAUGUAAUGUUGUUUUAUAAAUUAAUGAAUAAAUAAUAAAGUAAGAGGGUUGUUUAUGACUAUGUAUUGAAUAAAAAGUUUUGUGUUGAGAA